AUGGGUAACAUUAUUUUUUCACUCCUAUGGCUGAUAAUUCUACUAUUCGUAGGGUUUUGGGUCGCAUGCUUCGCAGCAGGCUUCUAUAUCUUCCUUGUCCCAUUCACAGUUUGCAUAGGUGCUUUAUCAGGCCUUACAGACUUCCUAAUGUCGUGUAUAACAUUCCCGAAGUAUUGUGCUCAAGGAAUCAUGGACGGCAGAGGAUUUGGA